UUUGUCAUGUUUGCAAAAGGAUUUGCAGGUUGUUCUUAAAUGACUGUCGCUAAGUGUAGUCAAUUAAGACUGAUGCAGCGAAUGUGUUAUUCAAAAUUGACCCAGAGUGAUUCGACUUCAUAACACAACCAUUUGAUCACCUCACUUUACAGCACAGAUGUCUCUAAUUGAGUUAAGCUUAAAUGACCUCAAUGCUGAAGAUUCGGAUGCCUCGUCCAUUCCGGAUCUAUCUAUUGACAUUCUUGCCCAGAUAGACUCCCCGACGCCUUUUAUAUGCAUCACAGAUGAUGAUGACGUCACCCACACGCCAGAUUCUCCCGGGUCGCCGAUACACUCCAUAUCAGAUUACGAAAUGGAUGUUGAAUUCAACGACGACCUGGAAACUCGUCGAAGGUUCGAAUCCAGUCUCCCGGACAACUGGAGCUUGUGCUCGUCCAAGACUCACAGUGGCAGAUUGUACUACUUCAACUCGGUGACUGGGGAGAGUCGUUGGGAGCACCCCCUGCUACCUGACAUGGACACCCCAGAAAAGACAUCCAGCUUUUCUUCUGGAUUUGUGGUGACCGAUUUUGUAAUGCCGGCUCGCGACAAACCAAUUUCUCAUCCGCCAGCAGACCCUCCUUUGUGCGAAAACUGCAGGAAGCUAGAACUGACCUUCUUUGAUCCAAAUUGUCCUGGCUGUCAAGAUAUUCUUUUAGAACCAACGACAACCAUCUCGGAGAUUUUUGCAAUUAUGAGACAAUGGGUACCACAAGUUCAACAAAACAUUGAAAUGUUUAUUAAAGAGGUGUUAAGACGAGGUGCUCAUGUUGAUGAUCGGGAUGGUUUGACAGACAUGACAUUGCUGCAUUACGCUUGCAAAGCCGGUGCAGUUGGUGUUGGUGAUGUUGGAGCUGCAAGCAGUGUUGUUAGUUCACUUAUCUCUAAGGGUAGUGAUGUUAGUCAGAAGUGUCGCUGGACUGACAUGCUUCCUUUACAUUACGCAUCCUUCUUCGAUGCGGCACCAAUCAUUAGAGUUCUACUAAAGGCAUCCAAUGCAAGAGAUGUUGAUACUCAGUGUAAAGAAUUUGAUAAUGGCACAUCUCUGCAUAUUGCUGCAAGUAAUCUCUGUUUAGAAGGAGCCAAGUGUUUACUUCAGCAUGGAGCAGAUGCAUCCCUGAGAGACAAACUUAACAGACUAGCUUUGCACUGUAUUCCUGUUGCUGCAGUGUAUGAGCAAGAUUCUGAACCAGCAAUGGUUGCUGACAAGCUGACAAGACUUCUGUCAGAAGCUGAGCCUCCACUUAAACCUAUGCAAGAUCAAGAGAAUGAGAUUCCAUCUACUUUGGCUUCUAUGGGACUUAAAAUUGGUGAUCAAGUGUGUAUAGGAGGGAGUAAGUUUGGGAUUCUUCGCUUCUGUGGUCCAACAGACUUUGCAUCAGGGGAAUGGGCAGGUGUAGAACUGGACAUGCCCAUUGGUAAAAAUGAUGGUUCAGUAGGGGGAGUGUCAUACUUCCAAUGUCUACCUAAGCAUGGUAUCUUCGCUCCACUGUCCAAGAUGAGUAAAGCAGACUCCUUACCAAACUCCCGUCCUAAUUCCCGACCAACCUCUGCCUCUCGUAUUGCUCAAGCCCAGAUCUCUCAUUCUGGCUCACGGCCGUCGUCGCGACCCAGUUCACGAACUAACUCGAGAGCAAGCUCUCGAUCCGGUUCCCCGUCUCCCUCUCCGCGAGGGAAUGGAACUGACGAAACGCUAGGUUUCCAGGUUGGUGACAAUGUCAUGGUCGCCGGCCAGAAAAAUGGAGUUGUAAGGUUCAUCGGAAAAACGCAGUUUGCUGAAGGUUUUUGGCUUGGUAUUGAACUGCAGCAGGCUGUUGGGAAGAACGAUGGCUCAGUAGCAGGAGUCAGAUACUUCGACUGCAAGCCGAGCCAUGGCGUGUUUGCUCCUCCAUCUAAAGUCACAAAGAAAUCAGACCUAACACACGCAAGCGAGCACAAUGGCUUUGCAGUCCCAGCAAUCCCUGUUCUGAAGAGCAAGUUCGGCUCCCAGAGUUCAUUACAAGCUUCGGGAUCACAUGGAUCACAAAGCGACUUAUCACAAACAGACUCUAACCCAGACCUCAACAGCAGCGCGCGGAAAGUAUCGACCCAGUCCAAUCCGGAACAACAAACACCAAGACGAAGCAGUGCUUCUUCGAUUUCUUCCGAUAAAAGCUUGCAGACAAUAAGGAGAGGUAGUUUACCUCAACAGAAAGGAAAAGUGUCAGCAGAAUUCCAACUAACUACGGGUCUAAGUGUGCUUGUUAACGGCGAACUAGGCGUUGUGCGAUACAUCGGACCAGCGGAAUUUGCAGAAGGGACCUGGCUUGGUGUUGAAAUGAGAAAGCCUGUUGGAAAGAACGACGGCUCAGUUAAUGGCAAGAAAUACUUCUCGUGCAAACCGCAACACGGCCUUAUGGUCCGCCCGAACCGCGCCACUUGUAGAGGAAUUAACUGUGCCAAGUUAAUCAACGAAAUGGAAUCCGGGGCGUUUUCGUGACAUUGUUUACGAAUAUGAAUCCCGAGAAGCAACUGAUUAUUGCGGACGAUUCAGCGAGGAGAAUGCUCGGUUUACGAGUUGUAGCGUGAUUGAUAGGUUCUUCGUAUGAAAGGAUUUGCCGAAGAUUAUCCGAAGACAUCUCUUGACGAAAACACCCAUGUUGUCACUUUCUCAGGGAUGCGCCAACGGAUUUAUGAUACGACGUUAUCAGCAAGAAAUUUUCAACCAUACAUAACUUUAAAAAACUGUUCUAUUUUUUUUUUUUUUUUAAAUAGGUUUAAAAUCUUAUACAUUAGAUACAUGACCAGGGACUACUUCUCCCUUUAAUCUUCUUUUUAUUGUAGAAAUAUAAGAGUUAACUUGAAUUUUAAAACAUUUUAUUCACCAAUUGGCAACAUACGCAACAUAAGGUCUGUUUUCGCCGUUUUCAAGCUAAAGCUUAAUCUCGUUCCCAGAUCCUACAGUGGAAGGCCUGGGUACGAGACCAGCUAAAGCUAACAACGUAACGUCAGCGAACCAGCAAAGUAAAUAAUGCUACAAAUGGGUCUAAAAAUUCCUCGUUUUGGUCUCAAUGGCUUCCAACAUCGAGCCUCUUUGGUGCGAAAGAAAAAAAAAAACAUUCUUUACUGGAAAAAAGAAACAGGCUGAUACGAGUUUUGUCAAAAUUCCUCGCGUAACUGUGAAAAACGGUUUUGCUGUGUGGAGUUUUAGAGUAGCUGUCUUCUUUUUUAGGGAGUCGUAGAUUAAUUUCUGAUCAUAUUUUAUGCUCUAGCAUAACUUUUUAUCCUGUUUAAUUUUAAAGCUGAAGCUGGUGUGGGUCGCUUCUGUUUCAAUUUUAAACUACACUCGCUCCUUUUGGGUUAAAUAAAUAUUUGAAAGUCUACAUAUUGUGGUCCUGAAAAGGGCCAUAGAGUUAUAUUUUUAAGCUCGCAGAAUGAAACCUCAUUGCGUGGUAUAUCAUAUAUUUAUUGUAUACGCAUAAUAGACAAUAAAAAGGAAAUAUCAA